AUGGCUGCACAACAACAAGAACUAGAUGAGAAGAACCCAUUCUAUGAGUUAGUUGUUAUUUGUAGUACUUCUGGUCAAUUUGACCAAACCGUCAAUUCGUUCAAAGAUAUUAUAAAGAAGUCUAAGUUAGUAUGUAUAAAAGACUCUGAGUUGUUAGAUUGGAUAAAGAAGUACCAAAGAAGAGUUUUGAAGUACAAUGCUAUAAAUGAGUAUGUCAAUUCGAAGUUUAAAGACCCAAAUGAGGAAAUGCAGAGAAUAUUAGAGAAGAAACACUUCAGAAACAAACAGAAAGAGAUAGAAUACAUUUCGAAGAAAUUGCAAUCUUACGAUUGGAAGACUUACCCUCAUAGAUGUCUUCUUAUCUUAGAUGACUUUGCUUCUCAUCCUUUGUUAAAGAAUAGAGAACAAGACAUGUGUCGAAUUCUUAAGAAGCUCAGACACUUUAACAUUUCAGUUGUCAUUUGUGUACAGACAGCAAAGAGUUUAAGUAAGGAUGUAAAGAGAAUACUUACUGACAUUGUACUUUUCCCCGGAUUGUCCGAAGACGAUUUCAUGGAACUUAUGAAAGAGUCCAUGGCAGGUAAGUUUGACAGACAUGAACUAUGGGAGAAGUACAAAGUCAUACAAGACCCUCAUACUUCUUUCAGAAUUCAUAUCUACGCAAACAAAGUUCAAAUUGUAAAAAGUCAAGCUUGA